UCCUCCAUCCAGUUCAGGCUGAUGGGAACACCCACAUCAUCCUGGCUGCUCGGCUCAUGAGCCCAAACUCUGCAUGACUCCAAGGAGACUAAGGCGAGAACAGGAGCACCGCAGCCACCUUAGAGGGAAGAUUCACCAAGUAAGUUCAGGGGUGACUGCAGAGGGUUUUCCUUGGCUGAUGUACAAGUAAACACCUGUAUCCGGCUGGAUGUGCCCUCUGUGGAAGCAAGCAGCCAGAAGCGGCCAGGGUGUGGUGAGCCGUGUGGGCUUCCCCCGCUCUCCUGUGGCAUCUUUCUGACUCUUGUUUUUCUGGCUGGAUCUGCAGCCGUUUUUCUGGACACUCCUCCUGGGCUCUGAUGCAACUGUCCACCUCCGGAGGAGUUGCUUUUGUUGCUCCAGGUUGAUCCUGAAUGUCAAGGGACUUGCGCACUUCUUGGCAAUGAUGAAGAUAUUCAAAGAAAGCUUCCUGCCCUGGGCUUUUUUCCUGUUGCCGUUGUCUUCAAUUGCCAGUCGUCUUUGCAGGAGGAAGCCAACGCAAAGGUCUGUGUUGUGAUUUUUCAACCCCGCUGCCUGUUCUUGACAUAGCUGAAAACAAGCGAGGAGGACCAGAGGCAGGUUCAGACCAGAUACACGAGCCUGGGCAGGUCCAUGGAAGCUCCUGACACAAUCAACAAGGAAGGGCCCAGUUGUGCUUGAAGGUGCGGACCGAGAGAAGAAAGAAAUGGGACUGCCGAGGUCAGAAGGGAAAGCUAACAAGAUGUGAAGCCACAGAGAGAAGAAAUAGUUUGCAAUACGGGAAGUUGCUGGGAGGCUACCAGGAUGGAUUCUCUGGGCAAAGACGUGCAGGAGGAGACUUAUGUCUUAGUGGAAUAUGCCUUUGAGUAUGCCUCCAAGGAUGGGCGGCUGAUAUCAAUCAAACCUAACGAGAGAUACAUCCUUUUGAGGCGGACAAAUGACCACUGGUGGCACGUUAGGAAAAGCAAAGAAACUCGGCCUUUCUACAUCCCAGCAAAGUAUGUCAAAGAGCUGGGACCCAUCACCCAGACUGUACCGUCUUUGGAUAUGCUGCCCCCCAAAAACUCGGAGAAUCCCAAUUUAGGAGCUUCUGUUGAGCCUGGCAAGGAGCAAUCACCGGAGUAUGUGUAUCGGUUUGUGAACGCUGGUCAAGAAGGUAAUGCAGAUUCCUCCCAACACCAGUCCAUCUCUUCUGGAGCAGGAGAGACAGUCCCUUUGGACAACAGUGAAAAGGCACUGCCCUUCCAUUCUGGAGCCAAAAGACCACCCAUUAGCACAUCUUAUGGAUCGUUUAAACCUUCCUACAAAACAGGCUCAAGUAAUCUCCUGGAGAGCUCUGGCUCCUCCACUGAACACAUGAGGUCUACAGUGUCUCUGGAUGAUUUGGCAAGGUUCACCCCUCAUGGCCAAGUAGGCAAUGUCGGGAACUCAGGAUUGCACAAAGCAGCUUCAUGGAACCACCCCCAUCCUUGCCUGAAGAGCAGCUCAGAGAACCUCCAUAAAGUUGCUGAGGACAGGGCGGACAUACUGGAGAAGAAUGACGAACAGCCGCAUGAGGAAGCAACCCCAGAUCCCGUGUAUGUGAAUCUACAGGAGCUUCGUUUGGAACAGAGUGCUGCUAUUACCAGCAAUGCUGAAUCUGCACCCCAGCCACACUUCAGCAGUCCCCUGAGCAACUGGGAGACCCACACGGACACAGAAAGUGGUCAACUGUUCUAUUACAACCCAGAGACUGGCCAAACUACUUGGGACUCUCCAUUUGACACCUCUGUGAAUAGCCCAAAUCCCACCCAAACACCCUCACCUUUGCUCACUCUGAGUCCUUCCACGCCUGCGGAGUGGGGCCAGUAUGUAGAUGAAGCCAGCGGACAGGUGUUCUUCUACAACACGGCUACAGGCGAAUCAUCGUGGGAUGCGCCCCAAGUGAAUGAAACGCCUGACUACCCGGAGAUGCAGCCUGCAUUUCCCUCCUACAGCCCUGCGCCUCAGAGGCCCCCGACUCCUGAAACUGACUACCCCAACCUUUCUCCCGAUGAACUUGAACACUACCCAGAAGAAGAUUACUCGCCGGUUGGCUCUUACAAGCAUCUGGAUGUCCCUCCACCAUAUUCAGAGUGGACCUCCUAUGGCAACCAAGAGGGGAUGGUGUUUGAUGGCAACCAUUAUGCCACAGACACGGUGAAUGUGUCUGGACAUCAUCACAGCACCAGCAGUGGUUCCAGCCUGGACAGCAGUCCUUUUGUGAACUGGUCGCCCAUCUCAGCAGCUUUUUCUGGUUUGAAGGAAGAACAGAUAAAAACUCUUGAAAAGGCUGGGAUGCUGCAUCGGACAAAAAUAGCUGAUAAAGGGAAGCGUUUGAGGAAGAACUGGAGUGCUUCAUGGACAGUCUUGGAAGGUGGUGUAUUGACAUUUUUCAAGGACUCCAAGCAUUCAGCUUCUGGCGGUGUGAAACAUCCUUCUGUGUUGAGUUGCCCAGAGUACACCGUGGAUCUUCAUGGAGCAACACUUUCUUGGGCAGCCAAAGACAAGUCAAGCAAAAAGAAUGUCUUGGAGCUGAAAACACGGGAUGGUUCUGAAUACCUGAUCCAGCAUGAUUCGGAGACCAUCAUUGGCACGUGGCAGAAGACAAUUGCGAACAGCAUCAGCAAACUGCCCACAGACAUCCCUCUGGAAGAGGAGGAGGAAAACACAGACUUGAAAUCCAAGGAGACUCCAGGAAGCAACAAAGAGAGAGAGGCUGAAAAGAAGAGUCCAGCUUCUUGGCACUCCUCCAGUUCCCUCAACUCAGACAGCGAUACCAACAAAGUCCGAAAUAAGCUCCGGAAGUUUCUGCAGAAACGCCCGACCCUUCAGUCCCUGCGAGAGCGAGGCUACAUCAAAGAUCAGGUGUUUGGAUGCGCUCUACAAGUCCUGUGCGACCGCGAGAAGAGCACAGUGCCUCAGUUUGUUAAGCAGUGUAUCACCACCGUGGAGAAGAGAGGCUUGGAUAUUGAUGGACUUUACCGGAUAAGUGGAAAUCUAGCUACAAUACAGAAACUGCGCUACAAGGUCGACCGUGAUGAGCGCUUGGAUCUUGAUGAUGGCCGAUGGGAUGAUGUUCACGUUAUCACCGGGGCACUCAAGCUCUUUUUUCGAGAGUUGCCAGAGCCACUCUUCCCCUUCAGCCAUUUUGACAAAUUCAUCGCUGCCAUAAAAAUUUCAGACCCCUCUAAGCGAACCCACCGCUUACGGGAGCUGGUGAAUUCACUACCUCCUGCAAACCACAACACCAUGAGGGCUCUUUUCCAACAUCUCUGCAGGGUUAUAGAGUACCGAGAGGAGAACCGCAUGUCAGUACAAAGCAUUGCAAUAGUGUUUGGACCAACGUUACUGAAACCAGAGGUCGAAGAAGGAAAUAUGACUAUGCACAUGGUUUUCCAGAAUCAGAUUGUGGAGCAAAUCCUAACCCACCUCAGCUACAUAUUCCCAGAGAGCUAAACCCUCCCAGCAAAGCACAGGAGUCUGCGUGAAUGAAGGAUUGACCUCAACGCAAGGGCAGGUCCCAUUGCUACUGGAAGGAUGUUGCUGGGUGGUGUGAUGUCAACCUGGGAAGAGAGUGCAUGGACAAGCAAUAAAACUUAUCACUGCAGGAAUUCUUUUUCCAGUGCUUGGCACGUGGUAUAUGAAAUUCCUGUUGGACAGAAAGAAGAAGCUAAUUGUUGGGCAAAAUAGUUGGUUUGGACAAAUGUUUUGGGAAGGAGGAGACUUUUGUAGCUGUGCCAACAUGACAGUUUUGAGCUCAAAUGUCAUGGUUUCCUGUUAAAUAAUUCUGGAAAUUGUAAUAUUGUUAAUGUAUUGUGACUCUUUUGGGUGAACAAGGUAAUGCUGAAGAUGUUUCACACUUUCUUUGGAUACUAGACGGAUUCUGUGCCAUCUAGUAUCCACAAGAUCUUGGUUUGCUUACUUGCAGUGCAAGAAACGGCGAGCUACCAAUCCAUGAUCACAGUAGAAAAUGCAAAUUUUGUAGUGUUGACCCCAGGCUUCUAAUUUAUUUAUUCACUUCAGUAUAUGUGUGUGAGUUGGUAGAAAUGAGGCCAACUUAUCACUCUAUGAGACUUUUAUAUGUUUCUGUUUAGCUUCCUGCUCUCGGUAUGGGUAACAAAGAGGUCUAAAUUGGAUGGAAGUCCAGUGAACUCUGGCAUGUACUGUUAGUUUACCUAUGCUACUGUUUCACUAUUCUCAUAGACAAAUCCAUUGUCUUCCCAUACACAAUGUGUCUCACAUCUCUUCAAAAAUUAGACACCUCAAUAGAGAAGCCCGGUAAGUCCAGAAGCAUUUGAGUGUACAUUUCCAUGAGGAAAGACUGGUUUUUGCAACUUGGAUUCUGAAGUAUUCUAUAUGUCCAUGGAGAGAAGAUCAGAUGAUGGAUGAUACAGCUUACUGUUGAGUGAUGGAUCCGGCAAUUAUUACAGAACAGAAAAAGUGCUUUUUUUGGAUUGUAACUCCCAGAAUCUCCUAGCUAGCAUUGCCAGUGGAUAUGUUGACUGGGGAGUUCUGGCAAUCCCGGUCUCAAAAAAAACAUCAUUACCAAGUUCAGGUGCAUUCUGCGGAGUUGUGCUUAAUAUGGAUUUGUGGCACCAUUCAUUCCCCUCUUCCGCAGUGCCCUUGUUGCUAAGUCCAGAGUUCAACAAUGGUAUGCUAUAAGGCAAGGAUGGGAAAUAUAUGACCCUGUAGAUGUUAUUUGGACCAUCAGCCAGCAUAAGGCAGUAAUUGAGGCUGAUGCGAGUGGCAGUCCACUAACAUUUGGAGGGUCACACUUUCCCUAUCCCUCCUAUGGAGGAUCGUUGUUCCAAAAAGGCACUUGCAGUGCUGUACUUAAACUUAAAAGUCUGUGUAUCUGCUGUUCUGGCUUAACUCUUGAGUUGGUGAUCCUGUACUGACUAAGCACAUGAGACAUAGAGAUAUCAAAUUCAGUGACAUUGCUAUAUGGCAGUGAUUCUCAACCUGUGGGUCCCCAGAUGCUUUGGCCUUCAACUCCCAAAAACCCUAACAGCUAAUAAACUGGCUGGGAUUUCUGGGAGUUGUAGGCCAAAACAACUGGGGACCCACAGGUUGAGAACCACUGCUAUAUAGGGAUGCUUUUUAAAUAAGGGAUAUUUCCAAUCCACCUCACAACCUUCCUUCCUUACUCAAGUGAGGCAGGAAAAGAUGAAUUUAGGACUUCAUCACACACCCUGAUCCAUCACAAGGACAGUAUGCUUCUUCCAUGUCUUUGCCUCAGGUCCAACCCAAUGCAAUUUGUUCCCUUUCCUUGCACUGUGGUGACUACUUCACAAUCCAUAGGGAACAACUUGACUCACCAAAAAGAGAAACUUGAGAAAGCAGUAGUACUAUACUACUACUACUACUAAGUGCCUUAUUUCCAGAGCUUGGGAAAUUUCUAAAUUAUAGCACCCAGAAUCCCCUGGCCAGAAUGAAUACUGACUAUACUAGUUGGGGAUUCUGGGAGCUAUAGUUUGAAAAUGCAACUUUUCCAAGAUCUGCCUAGCACUCACUGCCCUCCUACACCAUGACAGCAAAAUCAAUGACCACAUCUUUAGAGAAGAGCAGAAUUCUUCUCUCUGGGUGUAUCCUUGAAGCUAUGUGCCUUUCAAAACAGGAAUAUAAAUUGUAGUGCAAAUAACUACCUAUCUGAUAAAUAUUAGUUGAAAAAUUAUUUCCUCUUCCUGCAAAGAACUGAUGAUUGCAUCUGUUCUUUGUCUCAGCAGAGAUAUGAAACCUGAAUGUUUUAGUUUGGUAAUAAACGAUUAGCAUAUCUCCAUUGCGGUGUGGGCUUUGAGAAAAUACUGAGUGAUCAAACUCCUGACACUUUAUCUCACUUCCUAUGUUAAACAGGUGUUGAUUUCAAAAAUGGUUGACUUUUUUAGGAUGACUGUGGCUAGAUCCGAAGGAGAUUUGUUGCUCGACGAUCAUUCGUGACAUUUUAUUUUUAAAUAAAUGAUAACCCUUGAAUAAAACAA